AUGAAGCUUACGGUUGCUGCUUCGAUAAGCGCCUUCGCAACUGGUGUGCUUGGAAGCACCUUCGAGCCUGCCGACUUCAACGUAACCGAGGCGCUACUCAACGAUGGUGUCGAUGUAACUGCUAUCCCUGGCCUGGCAGGUCUGGCGGAACGAUCUUCGUCUGGGGCCUGCUCAAUAGCUUGCGCAGCUCUGAGGUUUACCUUUGGUAACGGGACUGUGUUGUCGGAAGGAAGUGUAGCGUACGACAACUUCACCAGCGACUAUUGGGCGGCCCAGCAAGCUGCUGUAGACCCCUUUUGCGUGUUCAAGCCUAGUAAUGCACUACAAGUCUCAACUGCUGUGCUCUUGUCCCGACUUACGCAAUGCCCAUUUGCUGUGAAAGGAGGUGGGCACGCUGCAUUUGCCGGAGGAUCUAGCAUUGAGGGAGGCAUUACUAUUGCCCUGGAGAAACUCAACGAAAAGAGCCUAUCGUCAGAUAAGAAGAUUGCUUCUGUCGGUCCGGGUAAUCGCUGGGGCGACGUGUAUCCGUGGAUUGAGCAGUAUGGACUUGAAGUCAUCGGUGGUCGAAUCUCUUCAGUUGGUGUCUCUGGAUUAACUCUUGGAGGAGGCAUCUCCCACUACGCAAAUGCUUAUGGAUGGGCUUGCGAUAACAUCGACUCAUUUGAGGUUGUGACAGCCUCAGGUAUCAUCGUGAACGCGAGUGCCACCAAAUACUCCGACCUCUAUUGGGCCCUUCGCGGAGGUGGUAACAACUUUGGUAUCGUCACCAAGUUCAACAUGAGAACUUUUGUACAGGGUGAAAUGUGGGGCGGACAACGCGCUCAUACCGAGGAUCAGUGGGACAAAGUGUACGAAGCCUACUACAACUAUGCCGUCAACGCAGACAAGGAUACGAAGCAAGCUCAGAUUGUUUCUUUCGCACUUCAGGCUGGCAUGAAGAUCGCAGCUGAGGAUCUUGAGUAUUCCGACCCUACGCCAUGGCCUCCUGUUUUUGACGAGUGGAAAGCCAUCCCAGCGAUCAUUGACCAAACUGCUGUUGCAAACAUGUCGACUUUGGCCAACCAACUUGGUGCGGGAGCUCCGGAUGGCGUACAAGAGACAUAUUGGGACCGCACUUUCAAGGUAGACAAAGAUAUCUUCAAGGCCUUUAUCGACAUCUUCUUCGAUAUGCUACCUGCAAUCCAAGACGCUGCUGGAAUCCUGCCUGUUCUGUCUUUCCAAGCAAUCACGGUGCCGGCCAUGCAAAAGAUGCAACAGAAUGGCGGUAAUGCGCUCGGACUUGAUCCCAAUGACGGUCCAAUCUUCAUCUGUAACCUGGCUAUCCUCUGGACGGAUGUCGCGGACAAUCCCCGUAUCAUGUCUUUCAGCAACAGCUUGUACGAGCGCCUUGUUGAGGAAGCGGCAAAGAAGGAUCUGAACUAUGACUACAUCUACAUGAACUACGCGUCGCCGUAUCAAGAUGUAAUCGCUAGCUAUGGGGCUGCCAACAAGCAGAAGUUGAAGAGCAUCUCUGGCGAGUACGACCCUACUGGUGUCUUCCAAAGACUUCAGCCUGGAUAUUUCAAGCUCGAGGGAGCACCGUAUGGAGCGUUCCCGGCGUAA